CUGAUCAAAUGUGAACAUUGCACAAUUGAGGGGGGUAUAUUAUGAAUAUGUUGGUGCGUAGGUUUGUGGAGGGUGGCGGUGACACAAGCAGGUAAUCGUCAGGUAGACGAGGUGCUGACCAAUAGCUGUCUGAUCAUAGGUAUAAAAGGAGGUGUGUGGUUUUGGAGUCAUCGUGUCUGUGAAUAUCGUCAUGGAGAUGGUUGCAGGACGAGUUGCUCUCCUCGGACUGCUUCUGGUUUGUGUUACCACGGCGCCCAUUAACCAGGGUUGGAAAAUCUACAGCUUCAACAUCAACUCCACUGUAAGCAAUCGCUAUGCUACCACCACCAUCACCAGCCGCGUGGCCAAUCCAAUGGAAGCGUCACAAGAAAUAGAAUUCCACGUCCAGAUUCCAAAGAAUGCCAUCAUCAGUAAAUUCAGAAUGGUGAUAGAGAAGAAGACCUACGAUGGGGUGGUGAAACAGAAGGAGGAGGCUGAGCAGCAGUACUCAGAGGCUGUGGCUCGAGGCCAAAGCGCUGGCAUAGUCAGCUCUGUGGGGAGAACCUUGGAGAACUUCAAGACCUCUGUGACGGUGGCCGCCGGGAGCAAGGUGACCUUUGAACUCACCUACGAGGAGCUGCUCAAGAGACGUCUGGGCAAGUACGAGCUGCUCAUCCACGCCAAGCCCACACAGCCUGUCGAGGACUUCAAGAUUGACGUGUACAUAAAUGAGAAAGCAGGCAUCAGUGUCCUGUCGACAUCCGGAGGAUUUAACAAAACCCUUGCCGAUGCCAUCACCAAGACACAGACCGCCGACCAGGCGUGGAUCAAGUUCUACCCCACGGUGGAGCAGCAGACGGCCUGCGACGACUGCGGCGAGACGGGUUUGAACGGUGACCUGGUGGUCGUCUACGACGUGAACAGGGCCGACUCAAUAGGAGACAUCAUGGAGUCAGGUGGAUAUUUUGUCCAUCACUUUGCCCCAGAGAACCUUCCCCGCAUCCCAAAAAACGUGGUGUUCAUCAUUGAUCGGAGUGGCUCAAUGCAUGGCAGGAAAAUGCAACAGACUCGUGAAGCGAUGUUGAAGAUCUUGGGGGAUCUGGCGGAGGAUGAUUACUUUGGUCUGAUCACCUUUGACAGCCACGUGUCAACCUGGAGGAAGGAGCUGGUCCCAGCCAGCCAGGAUAAUCUGAGUGCUGCUAAACAGUUUGCAGGAGCCAUCCAGGAAAGAGGAGCUACGGACAUCAAUGCUGCCGUGUUGAAAGGGGCGGAGCUACUGAACGGACAGACUCGUGGAGGCUCCGCCUCUCUCCUCAUACUGCUCACUGACGGAGACCCCACAUCAGGUGAGGUGAACCGGGAAAAGAUUCAGGCCAAUGUAAGGGGGGCCAUCAGCAAGAAAUUUCCGCUCUACUGCCUGGGAUUUGGAUUCGAUGUUGACUUUAAGUUCCUGUCCAGCAUGUCUUUGGAGAACAAUGGGGUCGCACGGCGAAUCUACCAGGAGUCGGACGCAGCGUUGCAGCUGCAGGGGUUUUAUGAGGAAGUGGCCACGCCCCUGUUGAUAGAUGUACAGAUGAUCUAUUUAGGAGGAGCUAAUCUGACUCAGACUAACUUCAGCCAGUACUACAAGGGCUCAGAGAUUGUGGUGGCUGGUCAGGUGACCAGCAACGAAAUAGACCUUUCCCCCCAAGUGAUCGCCAUAUCGAAAAGCCGCAAGAUGGAGUUUGUGGACGAAAAGUCCUCUUCCCGAUCCAAGGAGCCAAUAGCAGAGAGCCGUCUCAACAGACUGUGGGCCUACUUGACAGUUAAGCAGCUACUGGAUACAGAGCUGCAGUAUUCCGGACCUGCGAAGGCGCAGGCAAAGAAGGCGGCCGUGGAUCUGGCUCUCCAGUACGGCUUCGUGACUCCCCACACCUCCAUGGUGGUCACCAAGCCUGAGGGGGAGGACACCCAGGUGGCCCACAAACCCCAGGAGGGGGAGAAACCAGGAAGACACGGCAGACCAGUCCAGACCUCUCAACAUUCAUUCACCAUGAAAACCCAAUUACGAGGGUUACCUAGCCCGAUUCUUUUUGACGCACCUGAUGCUCAAAGCAUGCCUGCAAGAUAUGGAGGAGGAGGAUAUGGAGCAGGAGCAGGAGCAGGAGCAGGAGCAGGAGGAGGAUAUGGAGGAGCAGGAGGAGGAUAUGGACUAGGAUAUGGAAGAGUAGUAGGAGCAGGACUAGGAAUAGGAGCAGGACUAGGAGGAGGAGGAGCAGGAAGAGGAGGACAUGGAGUACGAGGAGGCCUAAGACCAUUGCCCCAAUUACCUACUCAUAGCUACGAUCAAGCCCCUGCAUUUGAUUAUGAUCACAUUCACGCUACUCACACCACAAAAACACAGACUACAACUCCAAAAGUGAGCUAUCUUAGGGUAUUGUUGCCAGCUGAGAGUUCAGCCUUCCCCCUGUGUUUUGAUGUACCAAUACCAAAGCCAGUUAGAAUUCUGCAGGACCCCGGCAACGAGCUGAUCAUUCAUGGAUGGUUUGUCGAUACUGCUUUUGAAAAAAUUAUAAUCCGUCACCACAGCACAGUUGAGCUGGUGCUAGACUCCACCCAGGCUCCACCCACACUCUUCUACAGAGAUGGGCAGAACACCACAACUUAUCCCUGGGCCGCUGGGUCCACUUUUGUUGCAAAGAGGCUGACAGCAUUAAUGACAGAAAAGGAACUGGACAUAAAAGUUGGUGACACACGAAUAGUCAUUCUCCUAAACCAGAAACAUGGAUUCAGCUUCUUGUGGCCUGUUUUGAGGGAACGUCCAUCAGGCAACAUUUCUGGAUUAAUAGCUGGAAAACCUGUGGACUUUGAAAUCAACGGAUUAAUUCCUUUGACACUGAAGAUUAACAACCAGGAGGUGACGGCUUCCAGGUCUAUUGCUAUAGAUCACAGUCGGCCUUCCUCUCCUGAUGUUUCCUGUCUGCUCAUCUCUCUUCUGUCUGCCCAGCAGAUUGGAGCAGUCAGCGACUUAUCCGUGUCAUAACUGUAGCUGGCAGCAGUGCAUACUGUGACUGAGUACAGCUCAUUCACCUGGGUAAUAGAAUGGCCAUGUCUAGAAUUAAGAUAAAAGUCAAGUUCUUUUGGGGGUGGGGUGGGGGAUAUUGUUGCCUGUUUUAAGACUAGACCAACCAACAGAAUUCUUCAUUUUUUAUUUGUAUUAAUACAAACAAGAUUUUUUGAUUUGAUUUUGGCAACAACUACUCUUUGUGAGUUUUUCAAUUCAAUUAAAUGUAUUUACCUUUCUUUCUUUUACACCCUGAUUCACACAGUUAAGGUAAGGUCAGUGCUAUGUCAACUGUCACUGUAACCCAGCAAUACUGUAACCCAGCAACACUGCUUUGGCACAGGCUUCUUUGAUUUGUUGGACCUGAAAUGCUCCUUGCAGUGUAUUGAUACUUAGACUUCAGGGUUGGAUGUGCUGCAUGAGACAGUAUGCGUUACUCCUAGUACACUGAUAAGUCUUGAUUAAGGUGAACAAAUUUACUGUGUUCAAACUUGGUAAAAAAAAAAAAAAGGUCCUUCAUAAUCAACUUCCUUCCAAGUAAAUGUCUUAAAAUGCAGACAAUAAUAUCCACUUGUCACGUGUUAGCAACACAACUAUGUGAUCAAUCAAGUUUGACAACUGUAGUGAACUGUUGUUCACAAGUAAGCUGCCUGAUUCCUCGCGUGACUGGAGCCCAAACUGGUUCAACAGGACUAACAGCAACUAUGCUGCUGAUGGGAGAGGCAUAAUACCACACAAUCAAUCAUUGUUUGGUUUGGUUGUCACCUUAAGCACAUGGACUCUCACUAAUAUACACAAGUCUGAGACGGAUGACUCUGGUCAUCCGUCUUUAGUUCCACAUUUAAUUUAGUAAAAGUGAGCAGACUAUCUAUGUCAGUAUUGUGUUGUGUGCCGUAUUAAAUAUAUAUUUUGAUUAGAGUUUGAAUAUGUGAAACAUACACUGAUUAAAACUACCAACUUUAUCGUUGUUAGGAUAAACUGA